AUGUCUGACCGACAAUCCGGCUCUUACUACGCCUCUACCUCGUACACUUCUUCCUCCUCAUACUCUAGCUCUUCCGGCACCACUGACCCGCAAGGGCACUCCAAAUCCAUUACAGAGACCAUGACGUCCAAUGACCGCGAUGGCACGAAUAUCCGCCGCACCACGGAGGAAACGGGGAAACCCACACUGCAGGACGAGACGUACAUCCCGCCUGGUGGUCGACAACUUGGUGGCCGCGAAGAUGGUGGCGCCAGGAGGAUCCAAGACGUCACCGAUGAGCAGGCCGAGAGAGAUCGGGAGUAUGAGGAGCGGAUCGAGGACGAGUACGCAAAACGAGAGGGUGGUGCUUGA